UGUUCGAUUCGUCCUAUGUUGUCUUUCCAGUUGAAUGAGAAAUGAAAGCCAUCGUUGUUCCACCACCGCCGGCACCACCCAUCCGCCGCAAUGCAGACAAAACUUCAACCACCACUUGUCCUUCUUCCAACCACCAACUUCACCUUCGUCUACCUCUCUACAACCCCAACCCCAAAAAACUCUCUCUCCUUCCCAAUUUCCCUCAUCAACCUUCUCCACAACCCAUUACUCUUCCGGUGAACAAAAACAAUAACAAAAAGGAGAAGAAGAAGAAGAAUAAGAGAAGAAAAUGUGACACAACUUCACACAUUUUGCCCUUAAUGGAUGCACUUCACUUUCCCAUAUCCAUUGAUAUUUACACCUCUUUAGUCAAAGAAUGCACUCUUUCCGGCGACUCAGAAACCGCUAUUGAGUUGUAUACACACAUCAUAAAUAGUGGCAUUGAACCUCCAUUAAACUUGCUCAAUCGGAUUCUUAUCAUGUUUGUUUCGUGCGGUUUGUUUGAGAAUGCUCGCCAUGUGUUUGAUGAAAUGUCUGUUAGGAAUUUUCAUUCUUGGGCGAUUUUGUUUGUUGGUUAUUAUGAAAAUUCUGAUUAUGAGAAUGCAACGGAUGUAUUUCUUGGUAUGUUAUGUCAAUUGGGUGUGAUGGAGUUUCCGUUUCCUCCAUGGAUUUGGUCUUGUUUUCUCACGGUUUGUGCCUGCACUUUGAAUGUUCCUCUAGGAAUGCAAGUUCAUGGAUGUUUGUUAAAGCUGGGUGCUUGUGACCAUGUCCUUGUCAGUAGCUCUUUGAUCAGAUUUUAUGGGAGGUUCAAGUGUUUGGAAGAUGCAAACAUUGUUUUUAAUAAAGUGACGCGGCAUAACACGUUGACUUGGACUGCUAAAAUUGUCAGUGGUUGUAAAGAAAGGCAUUUCUCUGAGGUUCUUGGUGAUUUCAAGGAGAUGGGAAGGGUAGGGAUAAAGAAGGACAGUUUUACAUUUUCCAGUGUUCUUAAAGCUUGUGGUAGGAUGCAUAAUCAUGGAAGCUGUGGUGAGCAGGUUCAUGCUGAUGCCAUCAAACUGGGAAUUGACUCGGAUAACUAUGUGCAGUGUAGUUUGAUAGCUAUGUAUGGAAGAAGUCGGUUACCGAGAAAUGCAAAAAUGGUGUUUGAAAUGACCCGAAAUGAAAGAAAUGUUGAUAGUUGGAAUGCCAUGUUUAUGGGUUUCAUACAGAAUGGUUUGUACAUUGAAGCUGUUAAGUUUGUGUAUCAGAUGAAGGAGGCUGGAGUGCAGCCACAUGAACCAUUGCUUGAAAAACUAAGAAUUGCUUGUGGCAGUUCUACAUUUCAAGCAUGAACUAACUAAGUAGGUUGUACAUAGAAUGUUAAAGUAGUUGAAUGAAUAGAAACUUUUAAAAUAUACAGAAAUUUGCACAUACUUUUGUAGUUUUAAACUUAUGAUAGUCUCUAAUUGCAUAUCAAAGUGUUGUAAAGAACUCUAGUUCGAAUACAUUACAGAGAGUAAAAUGCAGAUGAAUGUGAAUCUGGUUUGAGUAUAAAAA